AUAUUAUUGGAACGGAGCAACGGCUGCGCACUAAAUAUGCGCAUUGCCACCCUCACUCUUCAGACGUACGUUGACACAGCAAGAGUCUGGAUGUGCAGCUGGUGGUGUCCAUUGGUCCCUCAGACGUGUAAAGAGUGAAAGCAUUUGAUAGCAUCUUCAACAUGAGGAUCUACAGAAUAUUAUUUCGGCAGGCGAGAGCCUUGAUAGAAGAGAGGCUCGACCACUAUUCGCAAUUCAAUCCGUCGCCACUUUCAAUGCAACAGUUCACAGACUUUGGUCAGAAUGCAACAAACAGUGAGUCUUUUCUGUUUCUGCGAAAGGAGCUUCCAGUACGCUUGGCCAAUAUCAUGAAGGAGAUCAAGUUGCUGCCAGAACACCUUUUGCACAUGCCAUCUGUUUGUGCUGUCAGCGAUCUCUAUCGAAUGAGUUUUGCUGACCUUUUGGAAUUUGAGAAAGGGGACUGCAAUGACUUAAAUAUUUUGGCUAAGUUCACUGAUGCGUUGAUAAAGAUACGAAAUCGCCACCAGGAUGUAGUCAUGACAAUGGCUCAGGGAGUGAUGGAGCUUAAAGAGGCACAUGCUAUUAAUGCCAAUGUGGAAGCUAACAUACAGUACUUCCUUGAUAGAUUUUACAUGAAUCGCAUUUCUAUACGUAUGCUCAUCAACCAGCACACAAUGCUGUUUGGAGAAAGUAUCAACUCUCACAACCACAUUGGAUGUAUCGAUCCCAACUGCGAUGUUGUUCGUGUAAUAGAAGAUGCCUAUGCCAAUGCGCGCUUCUUGUGCGACCAGUAUUACUUGGCAUCCCCAGAACUUGUGCUAAAGUACCAUAAUGGCCAGGACAAGAUGACAGUAACCCUCAAAGAAGCUGGGGAACCAGCCGAUAAAACUCCUGCAAGAGUUGUGUACGUUCCCUCCCAUCUUUAUCAUAUGUUGUUUGAGCUCUUCAAGAAUGCCAUGCGUGCAGUGAUUGAGCAUCAUGGUACUGGUGCUGAUGACUUCCCACCCUUGGAAGUGCUUUUGGUUAUGGGCACAGAAGACCUUGUCAUUAAGUUGUCAGACCAGGGUGGUGGCAUUCCUCGCAGUGUUAUGGAUCUCCUCUUCAAUUACAUGUAUUCUACGGCCCCUCAGCCAGCCGUGUCUGGGCUAGACACGCCUCCCCUUGCUGGCUAUGGCUAUGGUCUUCCUCUCUCAAGAUUAUAUGCCCGGUAUUUCCACGGGGACCUCAUGCUUACCUCUUUUGAAGGUUUUGGUACAGAUGCUGUUAUCUACCUCAAGGCCAUCUCCAGUGAAGCUAAUGAACUUCUUCCAGUCUACAAUAAAACUUGUCAGAGGCAGUAUUCCACACCUAUUCAGACCCACGACUGGUCUUCACAGGUGCAUUCAGCAAUGUUCAUAAGACCUUUCAGCACAAAUGUUCUCCAGAGACUGCAACAGGGGCACAAUUUCUCAACAAGCAGUAAAUGCACGGCCUCUAAGUGACUCUGGCAUAUUGGAAAAUAGAAGUUUGACCUGAAGUGUAGGUGGUAAUAAUGUGAGCUGAGCUGUUCUGUUUGUAGUUUUUAUGUUUACUGAGGCUCAAUACAGAUAUGUAUUUUUAUUCUGAAUAUGUCUGAUAGAGUGCAAGUUAGAUUAUAAAUUUUUUAUUAUAAUAGGAGUUCUUGGAUAUCCUGUUGAAGUAGAGCUUAUAAGUUGUGGCAUAUUAGAUGUUUUUUUUCAUGAUAUAGUUUUGUUUUAUCAUUGAAGUUUUGGUUUCUAUAUACAGUUUGUGUAUAAAAAGGUAAUCUUUCUAACCAUCUGUUUCAACAUUUUAAGACAUAAUGCGGGUUAGGUAUUUUAAAGAUAAUAGGUGUUGUUUACAUACCUUUUCAAAAUUAUUUGCACAAGUGGAAAUAUAUUAUCUUAGGCACUUGAAUAAACAAGUAUCUUGUGUACAUAUUGCCAACUAGACAAAUAUCUAUUUUAUUUCUUUUAUGCAUAAUUUUAGGCGUAAUUGUACAUCCAGAUGACAUACAUGUUUCACAGGAAGUAGCAACUUUGCUGGAAGUUAGUGCAUGCAUGUGAAAAGGAGGUGUGAUGAUUGCUGGUUACUCUGGACAGUGCUUACAUCCAUAACCCCCAGUGCUUCCCUUCACCUUUUCAAUCCAGUUUCUGUAUGGGUACCUGGCAACUGAACUAGGGUGUAAAUGGGGGGUUAUAAUAAGGUUGUUAACUCUCAAACAUAGAAUUGCUACUAUGCUUGAGAAUUACAUAAGAGUGGACCAUCAUACACUUCAUCACUUUUACGUGAUAGAACUGUUAUGUAAACUGCUGAAUGUAUCAGGCAUCAGUCUAUUGUUAUAAUAUGUCAUUGGAAGUUUUUAAAUUGCCUCCCUAUGAUAAUUAAGUACAAGUAUUUUUGUGUAAUAGAUCUGAAAAUAUUAUUAUCAGACAAUACUUGAAAAAAAAUUGUUGUGAGCAUGAUUUAACAUUUGAAUUAUGUCAUUUAAGGAUAAAGACCUUUUCAUUCA